GUGUGGGGGGACGCGCCCCCGCCGCCGCCGCCGGUCCCGGACUCCCCGCAGCCCGCAGAGCCUAGCCCUCGUCGGCGUCGCCCCCGCCUCUUCCUCGCCCCGUCUAUCCGGGAGACGGCACCGGAGUCGCCACUCAUGGUGACAGAGACAGUGGCUCCUCGUACCAAGAAGAGGAGGACGGAGGCAGAUCGGCGGGAAGAACCGGAUGGAAUCGAAAGCCUCCCACCACAAGAUCUGUAGCCGCUCCAUUCCGAGUUUACAUCCCACCGCCAAGAACCACCACCUGACACCGGAGGAGAAGAAGGGGAGGAUGUGGACCGCAUCAGCUCCCUCCCCGACGCAAUCCUGGGUGAGAUCAUCUCCCUCCUCCCGACCAAGGAUGGCGUCUGCACCCAAACCCUCGCCUCCCGGUGGCGCCACCUCUGGCUCUCCACCCCGCUCAACCUUGAUCACAAGAGCAUGCCCACCGACGUCGAGGCACAAGUGGACAUCAUCUCCAGAUCCUUGCCGCUCACCCAGGCCCCGUGCGCCGCUUCUCCGUGCUCCAGCUCGACGACCUUUACUACCUCGACUCCUGGCUCCGGUCCCCGGCUCUUGACCACCUCCAGGAGCUCGAGGUCGAGGAUGGAGCAACGGCGCUGUGGCGAUCGCUGCCGGCCUCCGCCUUCCGCUUCACCACCACCCUCCGUCUCUUUACCAUGAGCGGAUGCCAUCUCCUGGACGAGACAGUCGAAACAUUUCAGUUCCCUCAGCUCAGGCAGCUCUCACUAGAUAGAGUCAGAAUUUCGGAAGUUGCACUACACGGCAUCAUCUCUCGCUGCCCUGUUCUGGAGUACUUGCUGCUCAACAGCACCGGCUUCCGUUGCCUGCGGAUUAACUCCCCUAGCCUUAAAAGUGUUGCCAUCAGUUCAGGGGAACUAAUCAUUGAAGAUGCACCUUUGCUCCAAAGGUUGCUUCAGCUUCAACCAUGUGGUGUCUUGAAUGUAUCAGUAAUUUCAGCACCCAAAGUGGAGACCUUGGGCUGCCUUGGUUACGACUCCACCCUGUUAUUUGGCACCUCCGUAAUUCAGAAAUCGUGUGCAGUUAGCUUUACGACAGUGGUGAGCAGUGUCAAGAUUUUAGCCAUCCGUCUUGAUAGCCUCAACCUGGAUAUGGUUAUCAACUUGAUGAGAUGCUUUCCUUGCUUGGAGAAGUUGUACAUCCUGCCAUAUUGGAAAGUACCCAGAAACUUUCUGAGCGGUAAUAUCAGAUGCAACAACCUAUGGCGCCGUAAGCACCGUGAUGUUAUCAGAUGCCUUGACAUCCGUCUGAAGAAAGUUGUUCUGAAAAAUUAUCGAGGCAUAAAGUCACAAGUUAACUUCGCGUCGUUCUUUGUGCUGAAUGCGAAAAUGCUGGAGUUAUUGAGGUUUGAGAUUUCAGAGUACAAUGACAAUGAAGUGUUUAUUGCUGAGCAGCAUAGAUUACUUCAGCUGGAGAAAAGGGCAUCUAGAGGUGCUCAGUUUUAUUUUACAACUGGUCGUAGAUGUCACCGCUAUCCAGGCUGCUAUCUUAAUCAUAUCAAGCAUGUCAAUGAUUUGUCUAUAACUGAUCCAUUUGAAUUAGCUUGUUCGGAUGUGUGAAAGGCGGCUGGGGCUGGCGGCUGGGCUGGUGACCGUUGCGGCACAUAACAAGCUACAGUGUACGAAUCAGCCACCAGCGCUGGCUUUAAGACCAGCCGUUUUACUGUAUGUUUGUCCUGCAAUUAACUAUUCUUGUCUGUUUUGUUGUGUGUUAUGUGUAAACUUGAUAUCUCAUGGGCUUUGUACUGAAACUCUUCUAAUAUUUGAUCUGGGACACACAUCAUAGCGAUA